CAGCGACCGGCAGUGACGUCCGAUCUGCAGUGCCACUUUCAGGGGUGUUCAGUGCCUGAACGUUAGCGUCGAACUCCUCCCUUUUUGGGUCUUUUUACUGGAGGGGUUCCUCGGCGGCGGUGAAAGUCUCAAGAACAACCAUCUUCGCACUCGUUGUGGAACUGUGACCGUUCUCGACAUCUCCUCCCCCUCCCCCGCUGUUGACGAACUUCUUGAAUUCGAAAUUUCAGGACCCGCAUCAUCAUGUUCAAAUGGGCGCAGCAGCAGCUGGCCUACGUGGCCGGCACGCAAGAGCCCAUCUAUGGCCCGUCCGCCAUUAAGUCGGUCGCCGAGGAGGCUGAGACGACCGCAUACACUGAGCUCACAAGGGACGACCUAAAAUGGCAGGCGAUGGAGUCGACAUGUGUCGAGACGCAAACCUUCUACUUCAUGUCGGAGGGCGGGCAGCUCGCCUUUGUCCAGGUCAUCUAUAGCAACGUGGCCGGCAUCCGCACGACCUGCCAGUUCAACUGCAAGAUCUUCAGCCUCGACCGCUCGAAGCCCCACCUGUGGUCCUCGACACCGUUGCAGAAUCAUGAGUUCAGCGAGGAUAUGACGAGCUUCUAUGCCGAUGACUGCGCCGUGGAGCUCUCUGAGGAUGGGACGACCUACACGAUCAAGUCGAUGGCCGAUGAGAAGGCGAUCGUUAACCUUACCGUCAAACGGACCGCGCCCGGUUUCAAGGCUGGCAAGACCGGCACGACGUUGUUUGGCACUGACCUGGCCAACCCCUGGGGCUCAAUGCGCCACGUCUUCUGGCCGCGAUGUGUUGGGGAGGGAACGGUUUCCACCCAGGAGGGCCCUAUCGACUUCCAAGGGAGGGCGUUCUUUUCCCAUGCGCUGCAAGGAAUGAAACCGCAUCAUGCCGCAGCGAAGUGGAACUUUUGCGAUUUCCAAGGCCCCACAUACUCGGCCAUUCUGAUGGAGUUCACCACGCCGCCCUCGUACGGUUCAACCGUGGUGACCGUAGGGGUUAUCGCCAAGGACGGAGAGAUUGUGGUGGGUGGCUGCGAGAGCGCCGUCACACAUCUCGAAACCAAGAGCGACAGUGAGAACGACUGGCCGGAGCCGACGACCAUCAGGUACACAUGGGCUGGGACGUCCAAGGACGGCAAGGCUGUGGAGGCUGUCAUCGAGGGUGCCCUGGAGGAGAGACUGGACAGGAUAGACGUCAUGGCCGAGGUUCCAGGCUUUGUCAAGAAGAUCGUAGCAGGCGCCGCGGGCACGAAGCCGUAUAUCUACCAGUAUUCACCGCAAAAGACGAAGCUGGCACUGAAGCUCAAGCUCGGCGACGAGGAGGUGACCGAGGAGGGCUUCGUCUUCAGCGAGGCCACUUUCAUCUCAGAAUAAUCGGCUGCCCUCGGUGUAGUUGGGCUUCAGUUACUCUGACCAGAUAGCGAGCGGAUAUCAGGAUCUGCGUUGGAGAUAACCGAAUAAACGUU